AUGGCAGAUCACCGUCCAUUGGAAGUGGUCAAGGGUGCUGGCAGGCCAAAGUGUAUUGUUUGCAGACUGGAGUGUGGCAGUUUCUUUGGUAGCAUGAUCAGUGAGGCUGGCAUCAAGCGCAAUGUGAGCGUCUGUUCUGUCUGCAAGGUGCCGGCUCACAACUGCGUGCCUGCCGAUUCGCCAAGACAAAUUCAUCGAUUGCCCCAGUUUAAGGGGAAGACUUGCUUUGAAAUUGCGCACACACCCGAUGGUCUCAAUAUGUGGCCAAUCCGGAAGAACCUUGAUCACAAGCAAGGACCAAGAUCUCACUGUCGUACGUGCAAGGUGUGGCAGCUGGUUCGAGAGAUGCAUGGUCUACCCGCUAAGGAGCAACGCCAAGGAGGGAAACGCAAGAGAAAUGAGACCGCGAAUGAUGACACGAAUACAACAACCAACAACAACAACAACAGUGAAUACGACAGCGAGGACGAAGAUAUCUAUUCUUAG